UCUCUCGCGGGCUUUGUUUUGUUAUGGCGCUACACUUCGAAACUCCCGUUUCUUGUGUGUCUUUAAAAUACGAAGAUACGUGGACUCGUCGCAUGUAAAACAAGGCCCUGUCUGGAGAAUAUUGUCAUGUCAUCUCCAGCUGGGUUGCAGGCUCCGCAGUCCCAAACAAACUUCCUGGCCAAAUGGAUACCGAGCAGCUCCCGGGCUGGGGUAAUCCUGAACCCGUCCCCGGACCUGGCUGAAUCUCUUCGACACAGCCCAAUCUGGGGGUCCCGGGGUGUGGACGACUCCUUUGCCUCCCAGUUCGUUCCCCUCCCUGUGUCCAGUAGCAGCAGUUGCAUCAGUGUCAGUUCCCUCGUCCAUGAUGCAUACUCCAGGGAAGAAUGUAUCCAACAGAACCAGCAGCCAGGGGAUAUGACUGUGUCUGACAGACAGUUUGGGUCGACUUUACCUCCCGAGAUGGACAGUGUUGCGAAGUUGGUUGGACAGUCUCAGGACUUACCUCUGAUGCUCAAACUCCAGCAGCUGAGGCAGUGGCAGCAACACAUGCAGGAACAACUGAAAGCGCACCAGUUGGAGGAGCUGAUCCGUCUCCAGGAGGAACAGCAGAGGCUCCUGGGCAUGGUGAAUGUUGCCCAGCAGAAUGACACAGAUUCCAUGGAGACCUCCACAAUGGCUGGGGCGGACUCAGGAGAGGGCACUCUGUUAGACGGCUGCCCGCUCUCUGACACACCCCACGCAGGCCAGAGCUACCCUAUAGGCCCCCCACAGGAGCCUGCGUCUUCCCAAAUCUGGAGACGGGUGCCCACGUUCCAGCCUCCAAGUAGCAAGGACCAGGAUGAAACACUGGGGACAGAUGCCUGGAGCAGUCCAUAUGAACAUCAUCAGCUGAGUAGGGAUGUCAGUGGGGAUGAUGAGUUGGAUGAAGUCAAUUCAUCCCCCCAUUUUGCUCCCGCUGUGACUGGAGAUGGCCAAGCAUGCAGAGUAUAUAACACGGAACCAGACUCAGAGGACAGGCCCAUUAAACCAGGGAUAGGGGGUCAGAAGCAGACGUUUGAGGAGCUCCUGGAGGAACAGCUGAGACUAGAGGCACAGAGACUGAAGAGCGCCCAACAGUGCCAGGGCCCAGAGGCAGCAGAUGUAGCCAGCCCAAGAGCAAAUAGUAAACGAGCCUUCCUGAGGCGAGGGGAGGGCCUCUCCAGAUUCACUAACAAAAGCCAAGCCCCUCCGCUCAACAGGGGGAGACCCCAAAAAGAUCCCAAACCCCAGGCCAAAGUCAGCACCCGUUGGGUCUCAGAACCCAAGCCACUUCAGAGGGUCAGCCAACGCCCCCCCGUUCAACGCAAGACUGCCGUGGUCAACAAGGAGAACAGACCCAGAGACGCUUCCUCAUCCCCCGCGGACAAUAGCAGACCCGAGAGCAAAGCACGAGUGAAACCCAGAGUCCUGGGCAGUCACCACGGACAGAAUAUGGAGACGCCUGGCUGUCUGAGACCAAACACAGCGAUUAUUAACAGCCUGGCUGGGUCUUCUCCACCCGGAAGUGGAACUCCUGGGGCUGUGACUAAACCGUUUGGGCCUGAGGUGAAGACUGGAGCCCUGGCGAGGAACGGAAGUGGUCCGUUGAGCCCGGAUGGGUCAGUGGAGGGCAAACGGGCCAUGGUUCCGGAGUAUUCCCUUGAGCUGUCGUUCCAGCAGAAGCUGCGGCGUUGGGACUGUGAGCGUCAGAAGGAGAGUGUGGAGCUGGGGGAGUUUGAGCUGCUAGAGCAGGCAGCUGAGGAACUCUCCUUCUCCUCUAACUCAUCCUUCGUCAUGAAGGUGCUACAACUGGACCAGCAGAACCCCAUUAAAGGCAGCAAGGGGUACCAGCCACGCCGCCUCUCCUCCACUCCCAUUAAGUCUUCUAAGCCCUCACCACCUGAGGGGGGCACCGGCUCGUCUGAAUCUUCAGCAGUCUCCACAGCGAGGGCAAAGGAGGUCGCAAUGUGGGAAAACGGCCGAGCCAUUGUGGAAGAGGAGGAAGAUGAAUUGAGUGGCAGCAAACCACGCGAGGACAUCUCUGACAUCUCAUUUCACAGCGGUUCCGAAUCUGAGGAAUGCAAGGAGAUCGCCACACCGUCGUACCUAACUACAUUUCCCAGCAGCCUCUGGGAAAACCCACACCCCGCAUCCACCCCUCCGUACGACAAGAGGUCGUACCAGGACAGAGCGGGCCGUUCAGGCCCUGCAGAGGAGGGCGCGGAGAGUGACCUUGAUGACUCCACCCUAUUGGAGGAGAGAGAAGAAGGGGGCCGCGACGGUCAGUUGGUAUUUGAUGACGAUGACACCUGGAAUGACCUUGAGGAGGCUGGCAGCAUAGUUAAGGCCAACAGCCGAACAAGAGGUGACGCCACGGGUAAAAGCCGCACUCCCACAACACUGGCCGAUGGCGGCUCACCCCCGGAGAGGAUGCUAAAAAGAAAGGUGGCUGUGGCCAAUAGGGCGGAGCUGGACAGGGCGUCGGUUAUCACACCAGCCAACCAGGAGCCAGAUCCACCUCCGCCCGCCUCCCAGCUCAUGGCCAGGCUGUUUCCCUCGCUGAAGCCAAAGGGCCCUUCCCCUCCUCAACCAGAGCCUGGGAAGGUGGAAGAGGCCCCGGGCCAACAGCAGCAGUCCAGGCAGCUGAGGGAGAGGCUGGUGGAGAUGGAGCUGGAGAUAGAACGAUUCAGGACGGAGAACGCCGCCCUGGCCCGACUCAGACGGGAGAACGAGAAGACCCAAGAGAACCUCGGGAAGGAGAGGGCAGAGUUUGAGCAGCGGAAGGCAGAGGAGCUGGCAAAGAUCGAGGAGCUCAAGAGGGAGGAAACCAAGAAGCUGCAGAAGGAACGCAAAGUGUUCGAGAAGCACGCCUCCGCGGCCAGGGCCAUACCGGACAAGAAGGAGCGUGACGAGAUCCAGGCCCUGAAGCAACAGCUGAGUUCCUUGCAGGAGGAGCUGAAGCGGAGAGAGAGCCGAUGGUCCACCACGCACAGCCGCCUCCGGCAGCAGAUAGACACCCUGAGCUCCGAAAACGGCGCCCUGAGAGACGAGGUCCGCGCACUGGAGAAACUACGCCUCAGCGCCUGGAGGACGACCGGGACGGACUACGGCCGAGAGAAAGACCGGAGGGAGAGAGAAAAGGAGGGACCCAAGCCGUCGGACAGCAGCGUUGCCUUCGGAGACGGGGGCCUCAAGUCAACAAGCCCCGAAACGGCGAGGAACCGCGCGUCACCCAGCGGCAGCUCGUCCAGAAGCAGCCCUCCUGAACCCAGCCGCACAGGUCAAGGCGCCACCAAAGGCAUCCUGAAGAGGUCCGACCCAGGGACCGGGCCCACUCAAAGUCACCGCUCGGAGGGACAACUGGCGUCUUUGAGCAGGAGCCAGGACCAGCCUCCUCAUCUGUCCCCUGUCAAAGGUCAACAAGAUGCGAGUCAGGAGGUCUUUACCCAUCCUGAUGGAAAGGUGGAGACCAUCCUGCCCUGUGGAGGGAGACGCAUUGUGUUUCCCAACGGGACCAGGAAGGAGGUGUCUGCAGACGGACUGACAGCCAAGGUCACCUUCUUCAACGGGGACAUCAAGCAGGUCAUGGCUGACCAGAGAGUGAUCUACUACUACGCUGAAGCCCAGACCACUCACACCACCUAUCCAGACGGCAUGGAGGUUCUGCAGUUCCCCAACAACCAGACUGAAAAACACUUCCCUGAUGGCCGUAAGGAGAUCACGUUCCCUGACCAGACCAUCAAGAACCUGUAUCCUGAUGGAAGGGAGGAGAGUGUGCUCACUGAUGGGACCAUCAUUCAAGUUAACCUGGACGGAAGUAAGGAGAUCCAGUUCAACACAGGCCAGAAGGAGAUCCACACUGCUGACUACAAGAGGAGAGAAUACCCAGAUGGCACUGUGAAGACUGUCUAUACAGACGGCAGACAGGAGACCAGUUACCCCACCGGACGCCUCCGGGUCAAAGACAAAGAUGGCAAUGUAGUCAUAGACAACAGGCCGUAGCACUCUUCAUGUAACGUACCGUGGCCACAUCUCUGUUGGGGUGAGAGGUUGUGUGAGUUUGACAAAUGUUAAAUGUGUGUUUUGUGUGAGUUGAAUGCACUGUAGUGUCUGUUGGUUGUAAAUGUAUUAUAUUUAUUUUCUUAGCUGAUUGUAAAUUUUUUGUGAAAUACAUUCUCAUCACUGUGUGCAUCCCAUGGAGUGCAGUAAGAGACAUUAAAGCAGGUUUAAAUAAACUCUUUAAUAUUUCUGUAUUCAUACAGACACCACUUGUAAAAUAUUGAAAAAAAUAAAGUGCUUAGCCUUUAAGACUUCCAACUUAAA